GGUCGGCCGAAACGCAUAUCAAAGGCACCUCCUUGUGAGACAGGAGGGCACAAACAUGGACACAACGCUGGGCCCGAGGCAUCUGACGAAGGACAUGCAAGACCUCCUCCUUAUUAUACGAGACGACAUAAGGUCCAAAAAAGAUGAUGAUGCUAUGAAAAGGCCGGAAGCACUAAAAUUCAAGUUCAGCACAAUAAAAGUAGCAACAAAUAACUUUUCCAAUGCCAAUAAGCUUGGAGGAGGCAGCUUUUAGGUCGAUUUUGAAGUGGCUGGUUAUUCGAAACGAGGCCUUACUGUUGCUUACUUAUUUGACCCGUGAAGCUGAGGAGAUUCAAAAAAUUGUGGUCUUUGAAGGUGCAUUUGAGAAGAUUUUCAGCAUCAUUAAAGAGGAAGGAGGUUCAGAAGGUGGUGUUGUUGUGCAGGACUGUCUUCAAUUGUUGAACAACCUUCUCCGAACUAAUGCAUCUAAUCAGAUACUACUGAGAGAGACUAUGGGAUUUGACCCCGUAAUAUCAAUUCUGAAGCUACGGGGAAGUACUUACAGUUUCACCCAACAAAAGACAAUUAAUCUACUCAGUGCAUUAGAAACCAUUAAUUUGUUAAUGAUGGGAGGUACAGAGGCUGAUCCUGGAAAAGAUGCAAAUAAGCUAACAAAUAAAGCAACACUGGUUCAGAAAAAAGUAUUGGAUCAUCUUCUUUUGUUGGGUGUUGAAAGCCAGUGGGCACCAGUAGCUGUCCGUUGCGCGUCUGAAGAGGAUCUUGCUCUGAAGCAACAAUUGGAGCUAUAUGUGGAGAGAGUUCAGGAUGCUGACCCUAACUUACAGAUUGUUGCACUUGAGAGCAUGAGGCAGGAAAUCCGAACCUCUACAAGCUCCAUGACUUCGGUCCCAAAGCCAUUGAAAUUUCCGCGUCCACACUAUGGAACAUUAAAGGCAUUUUAUGAAACCAUGGGGAACUCGGAAUUGAAGAAGUACCUCGUUGAUAUACUCUUCGUUCUGGCUCUCACCAUGUCUGUUGAGGGAGAAAGGGAGAGCUUAAAAUAUAGAUUGGAGGGUUCAGGAGGUGAUAUUGGCUCAUGGGGCCAUGAAUAUGUGAGGAACUUAGCUGGAGAAAUUUCACAGGAAUAUGCUAAGUGA